CAGUUGUCGGUGUGAGUGUCGGUGUCGGUGUGAGUGUCGGUGUGGGGGUCGGUGUCGGUGUGGGGGUCGGUGUGAGGGGACCGGGGAGAUGCCGUUGGGUUACACGGCUGAUGAGAAGCUGCGCACUGAGCAGUUGUCGGGGCUGCGGCGGCGAUGGCUGAAGGACCAGGAGCUGAGCCCCCGGGAGCCGGUGCUGCCCCCACAGCGGGGCCCGAUCAGCAGCUUCUGGGACGGUUUCCUGAAGCCCCGCAGCCUGUGGAGGGUCUACACUUACAAGGCUUGUCAAGCAGCUGGGAAGACUAUCACUUGGUUACUAAUUCCCGCCUGGCUUGCUCAUUACUACCUGAAGUACCAUAUUGAGGCUAAGCCAUUCGGCACAGUGGCAGUAAAGCCCAGGAUAUUCCCAGGUGACACCAUCAUGGAGACAGGAGAGGUUGUUCCAGCAAUGCGAAAGGAAGCACAUCAGGAACAUCAUUGAUCAGAGGAAAAAGGCAGCAGCAUUGAACUAAAUGUCCGGCGGAAACUGCUGAAAAAUUAACCUUGUAGAAAAAUACAUUUUAUUUAUCAUUAAAACACGGAUUUACUGG